CACCCGCCAGAAAGCUUAAGCAGCAGCAGAAGAAGGCACAAAUAUGUGAAAAGGCAUUCAAAGCUUUAUUAAAUUAGGGGCUGGUGGUAUUUUGUUUACAGUGCAAAGGCUUUUAAUAUUUUUUAUAAAACGUUUUAGAAAGCUAUGUCUUGUAGAAGAGGAGCUUUAAUCGUGUUGGAAGGAGUGGACAAAGCCGGAAAGACUACCCAGUGUCAGAAGCUUGUCCACGCUUUGAAGAAAAGCGGGAGAGCUGCUGAAAUGAUCAGAUUUCCUGACCGAACAACACAGAUUGGGCAGCUGAUCAGCUCAUACCUGGAGAAAAGGAAUAACCUGGAGGACCACACCGUACACCUGCUCUUUGCUGCAAACCGUUGGGAGUUGGUGCCUCAAAUGAAGAAGCUGCUGGAGCAGGGAGUCACCCUGGUGGUGGAUCGCUAUGCUUUUUCUGGAGUGGCUUUCACCAGUGCCAAACAGGGCUUCUCUCUGGAGUGGUGUAUGCAGCCUGAGGUGGGUCUGCCAAAGCCGGACCUUGUGAUAUUCCUGCAGCUAAGCCCCAGCGUAGCAGCUGAACGUGGAGAGUUUGGAAUGGAGCGAUACGAGACCGGCACUUUUCAGAGUAUAGUGCAGCAGAGGUUCGAACAACUUAUGAAGGACCCAUCCAUAAACUGGAAGGUGAUUGAUGCAGCCAGAAGCAUAGAAGCAGUACACAGUGAUCUUAAAGUGCUGUGUGAGAACACAAUCAAUGCAUCUGAGAAUCUGCCAAUUGGAGAGCUCUGGAAAUGAACAGUAAGGAGAACUUCUGAGUAAAAAGGGUGUUGUAGGGCCACUGCAUGCACACUCACUGUCGACUUUAUUAGGAACACCUGUGCAUACAAGGCUUUUGGGUUUGUUUCCCACCCCCACCAUUCAUUCUGUGUAAAAAUUCCAUGAGAUCAGCAGUUUCUGCAGUCCAAACCAGCCCAUCUGGCACCAACAACUGUCAUGAUCAGAGUCACAGAUCACACUUCAUUCUGACAUGACCAUUAAUUGAAGCUCUUGACCUGUAUUGACUUUUUUUUUUUUUUUUGCUGCCCCGGAUAACUGCAUGAAUAUUAGGAAGACCUGUACAAAGUGGAUGGUGAUUGUGUAUCUUUAUUCAUUUUGAUUAAAUAAAUACUCUUAAAAUAAA